AUGCUAGUUGGGCCACUAUUAGAGGAGCAAACACAGGGUUUUGAGGACCUCCUUGUGCUUGGAGCCCUCUUGGUCCAUGUAAAAGUACAUUUGGGACUGAUUGUCCCUAUUGUGCUGGUUGAUGCAAAGGGUAUGGCUGCCCUCUUGGGGCAGGCAUUUGCCCUACGAAAGGCAAAGGUGCAUUCUGACUUACCAAUGGUCUCGGAGGAGCCUAAUACCAUGAUUGAGGCACAGAGGACUAGUUUUGAUGAAAGGGAUGUCGAGCAGUCUAUUGCAGCCUUAAAGAGGGGGGCAUAUCUGCUAAAGUAUGGACGCAGAGGGAAGCCGAAGUUCUGUCCAUUCCGGCUUUCUACUAAAGUUCAACAUGAAUUGUUGUCCGUUUAUGCAACCCAAUUGCUCGAGAAGGAGCACUCUGGAUGUCAUGCAUUGCUUAGGGAUGACAAGGUAGAGGAUUUAUCAAGGAUGUAUAGGCUCUUUUCCAAAAUACCUCGAGGUUUAGAUCCGGUUUCUAGUAUAUUUAAACAGCAUGUUACUGCUGAAGGUACAGCAUUGGUUAAACAAGCGGAAGAUGCAGCCAGCAAUAAGAAGGUGAUGUAAUCUUGAUUGUGUUAUUUCAGAUCCCAUAGUCUUUGUGCAAUUUGUCUUCUGAGGAGGUGCAUUUCACAAGGCUCAUGAUUGAUCUACUAUUACAUUGGACUUGGUUAAACAAGUUAACAUGAAUCAGUCAUAUAAAAUUAUAAAUCAAUCUUAUUGUGCAUGUGCUAACUAGAUGAAAUCAUUAUGCAUGUAUUAGUCAUACUGAUGCAUUUGUAUUCAUUUUUUUGGUGCUGGGUUAUUGAUACAUGUGUAUUUAUGGAACAUUGUUACUCUAAUGAAUUUGUGAUUUAAUAUUGCACCAGCGUGCUUACUUGCUUUUAAGUUCAGGAUAACAAAAUUCAAUGUGGGGGUAAAAGUAUUUGCUCUAAUUAAAUGCACCAGAUGCUGGGCAUUUAAAUCGUAGUGUGGGACUUUUGGGUGGUUUGCUUCUUUGACUAACAGAAAAACAUGAAACUGAUGGGGCGAAGCACACUCUUAUAAACUCCGAUCUAAAGUUUGAUUUUGAUUUCUCAAAGAGCG